GGUGGAGCCGGCCGCGCCGGGGUCCUCAGUCCGCUCCGGGAGAGUUAGGGCUCCGAGCCGAGCGCGCGGAGCAGCUGGGGCCGGGGCGCGGAUGCUGGAAGUUCACAUCCCGUCGGUGGGGCCCGAGGCCGAGGGGCCCAGGCAGAGCCCGGAGAAAAGCCACAUGGUGUUCCGAGUGGAGGUGCUGUGCAGCGGGCGCAGACACACGGUGCCGAGGCGCUACAGCGAGUUCCACGCGCUGCACAAGCGGAUCAAGAAGCUGUACAAAGUGCCCGACUUCCCCUCGAAACGCCUGCCCAACUGGAGGACCAGAGGGUUGGAACAGCGCCGGCAGGGCUUGGAGGCUUACAUCCAGGGCAUCCUGUACCUGAACCAGGAGGUGCCCAAGGAGUUACUGGAAUUCCUGAGACUUCGGCACUUCCCCACAGACCCCAAGGCUAGCAACUGGGGCACCGUGAGGGAGUUCCUGCCUGGCGACAGCAGCUCCCAGCAGCACCAGCGGCCUGUCCUGAGCUUCCAUGUGGAUCCCUAUGUUUGCAACCCCUCCCCAGAGUCGCUGCCCAACGUGGUGGUGAAUGGUGUGCUCCAGGGCCUCUACAGCUUCAGCAUCAGCCCAGAUAAAGCCCAGCCAAAGGCGGCCUGUCACCCUGCUCCUCUGCCACCGAUGCCCUGAUCAGUCCAGAGGCCUUUGGCUGCCUCCUAAGAAAGUCAUGUGCCUCUGUCCUAUGAACUCCAUAUAAGGCUGGGUCCUCCUUUGGCCUGGAACCAGGACUUAAUUACCCAGUGCCCAGUUGUGCCACAUUCCCACUCAAGGCUCAGAACUUGGCUCGCAUUGGUAGCUGGAGGUGGUAGAAUCUGCAUGCUCUUAGAGCCCAACAGCCAAGGCAGGGUCAAGAAGAUAAGUAAUAAAAGAGGAAGUCAGCCAGGCGCGGUGGCUCAUGCCUGUAAUCCCAGCACUUUGGGAGGCCAAGGUGGGUGGAUCACCUGAGGUCAGGAGUUCGAGACCAGCCUGACCACCAUGGAGAAACCCCGUCUCUACUAAAAAUACAAAAUUAGCCGGGCAUUGUGGUGGUGCAUGCCUGUAAUCCCAGCUACUCGGGAAGCUGAGGUAGGAGAAUCUCUUUUUUUUUUUUUUUUUUUUUGAGACGGAGUUUCACUCUUGUUGCCCAGGCUGGAAUGCAAUGGCACGAUCUCGGCUCACGGCAACCCCCGCUUCCCGGGUUCAAGCAAUUCUCCUGCCUCAGCCUCUCGAGUAGCUGGGAUUACAGGCAUCCGCCACCAUGCCCGGCUAAUUUUUGUAUUUUUAAUAGAGACGGGUUUCACCACGUUGGCCAGGCUGGUCUUGUACUCCUGACGUCAGGUGAUCCACCCACCUCGGCUUCCCAAAGUGCUGGGAUUACGGGCGUGAGCCACCGUGCUCGGCCCAAGGCAGGAGAAUCUCUUGAAGCCAGGAGGCGGAAGUUGUGGUGAGCCGAGAUCGCGCCACUGCACUCCAGCCUGGGCAACAAGAGUGAAACUCUGUCUCAAAAUAAAUAAAUAAUAAAGGAAGAAGUCAGCUGGGUGCAGAGGCUCAUGCCUGUAAUCCCAAUACUUUAGGAGGCCAAGGCAGGAGGAUGCUUGAGUCUGGAAGUUUGAGACCAGCCAGCGCAACAUAGUGAGACCUGUAGACCUGUCUCUACCAAAAAAAAAAAAAAAAAAAAAAUCAAUUUAGAGGUAGGCUAUGAAAAAGUACAGAUACAUCCCUUAACAUAGACUGGAGGGUGGUGGCAAAUGUGGAGGCCCAGUAGCUGGCAAAGUUUAGAAGCAGGGGGCAAAAGCUCCUGCCUGACUUUUCCUGGGUAGCUCCUGGGUCAAAAUUUCAGGCAGGAUCCCAGGGAAGGGGCAGGCACCCGUUGCCACAGGAGAGUUGCAGGCAUGUUGGGAUGUAGGCCUAGGGGAGGUGCUGCAGGCUCAAGAACCAGGCCCACACAUUAUAUAUUAAAAAAAAAAAACCCACUUUUUUUUUUAUUGGUCAGUGUUGGUAGGAGUUUGUUACAAAACUGAGUCCAUGGGCCUGUGGAAUGUGAGGGGAGUGGGUCCGCUCCACCAGAUGCCAGCACCGGGGCCAGUGCAGCUCAGAGCCCUGUGGCGGACUACAGGGCCUGCACAGACGGUCACUCAAAGAAAGACGUCCCUGUGCCCUACUCCUUGGCGAUGGCAAAGGGCUUCUCCACCUCGAUCUUGCCGCAGUCUGCGAUGAUCACAUCCUUCAGGGGUUUAUCCCGGCUGUCUGUCUUGGUGCUCUCCACCUUCCGCACCACCUCCUGGAAAAGAAAGGUGGAAGUAGGAGGGCAUGGUGGAUCAGGAGGUCCACCGCUCAGGAGAAAGGCCCCAGCGUAUGGCUCAGGAGGGCUAAGACCCACAAGUGAUCAACAGCACACAAAACUGGAGGCACCAAAAUUCUAACAGACUCCUGGCCAGAGCAGGGAGAAUGCAGAUUUGACGAGGGGGUACAGGAAUUUUGUUCCUUUGAAGUAAGACCCAGGUUGGGCCAAGGGUGAGGAGGAGGAAGAGGGUGACCAGGGCAUGUGGCUUCUCAGGGACACUGCGUUCAGCUGCACUCUGUAUACCUCAGGGGUGGGACCAGCACGUCACUGAGUGAAUGAGGGGAGGGAGGCUCUGGCAGUUGUGCAGCCUUCCUGGCUGGGCUCUGAGGGGGCUGGAAGAAUUUAGAACCUUGGAGGCAUGGAGGUACAGGGUUUAUUCUGGACAGGAGCACUGGGCUGCAUCUGUGGGUUGGGUCCUUUUGGGAAAGGGAUGGACACAUGGAGCUCCUGCCCUGAGGUCUGUGUUGAAUCCCCGGUGAGGAUUGCCCAGUAGUAGCCCUUGCUUCCACAACUCACCAUGCCCUCUAGAACUUUGCCAAACACCACAUGCUUGCCAUCUAGCCAGGCUGUCUUGACUGUCGUGAUGAAGAACUGGGAGCCGUUGGUGUCUUUGCCUGCGUUGGCCAUGCUCACCCAGCCAGGCCCGUAGUGCUUCAGUUUGAAGUUCUCAUCGGGGAAGCGCUCACCGUAGAUGCUCUUUCCUGGGAAAAAAGACAGAGCAGGUCAGGGGCGCUGGAUUGCGCCAAACCAAGCAGACAUUCGGGGCCAGGACUGAGGGGGCUUAACCUGUCCUCUGUGCCAGGCUAGGCUGGAGUGGACUACAAGGACAUAAAAGCUGCGUCCUUCCUAUCUUCUGGCCUCAGAGCCAAGCCAUGCUGACUGAGGCCAAGUGGGGCAUCAGGCCAGGCUGAUGUGGUGAACAGCUCACAGAAGGAUUACUUCAAGAAGAUAGUUUUGUGGCUUUUAAAUAAGGCGCAUGUUAUCAGCUCCCCUUAGCUAUAGCCCAGGCCUGCCACGGAGGGACUUUGGUGGAGGGAAGUGCCGUGCAGGAUGCAGGGGAGUCAACAGGGUCGGAACUCUCCAGAAAAGGAGGACUGCUGUGGCUGACCAGCCUGUUUUCCUAUGAGCACAAAAGACACAGGCAUAGCUGCAGAGGAGAAAGCAGCCAGAGAUGGGUGGGGAGGGGCAGAAAAGAGGGGCUGCCCCUUGGAUUCCGGAGAGUCAAAGCCUCUUAACAAGGAAUGAACAGGAAUAAAAGACAGCUGUGAGUGUG